CUUUUGUGUUGUUCGUUUAGGCCUUGCGUUUGAUAUCGCCAUGAAGGGAGUGCUGGUUGGAGAUGACCACCUGUGCCUGAUGGACCGAAGUCGCCUUCGGUUCGCGGAAAAUGUGGACACCUGCACAUUCGGUGUCGAAGGCGCCACCGCUGAAUCCCUGCUGGCGAAGGCUCUCCUGGAGUUCCUGAGGACUGUCACUCCGGUGCUGUUUGUGUUCAAAGUACUGCCUCGCGGCGGGGCGACUGCUGAGGCCGAGGCGGCACGCCAGAAUCUGAAUCGCAUGCUGAUGAGGGCCAUCCGCGGGAUGGUGGACGUCGUCAUCAUCAACGCGGACACCAGGUUCAUCGACAAAGAGAAGCGUCCCAAAGAAGCCCACUUCGGUGAGGACGGCUACAUCAGCCGCUACGUGGGCGUCCGGGUACUCGCCAACCUGCUGAAGCUGGUCGUGAUCAAGCGGCUGGGCGCCCACUGGGCCGGCCCCAGACCCCGCAUCGAGAUGUGCCAGCUGGUUUUCUGCCGCCACUGCGAGGCUGAGGGCCACCGGACGGGCCAGUGCCGGGCCUUCAGGAGGUGUCCAGAGGAUUCCCCAAAGCCUGCACCCUACGUGGACGACGUGUAGCAU